GGUAGACCAAUGUAAUUUGAUGACAAGUAGAGAUUGUGCUGUUUAAUGUUCGCCUCCUCUCGAAAAUCGAGCUUGUUCAGCAGCCUGUUCCAAACCCCUCACAUAAUAUGCAGAGGAAGCAGCCGGAAUAGAGUUAUCUCCGGGUCAGACAUCGCUGCCAGCUCAAAGGUCUCUGCACAGUGGACUCGGCUGGGACUGAGCGAGAAGAAGCCGCAAGAGCAGAAGCCGGCAUACGCUACCAGUGACCAAAGAAUGGCGUCCCUCUCAGAGUUAAAGGAAAUUUUCCGCAAGGCAGACGCUGUGUGCUUUGAUGUGGACAGCACUGUCAUCAAAGAAGAGGGCAUCGAUGAACUGGCCAAGUUCUGUGGCGUGGGGGAUGCUGUAGCAGAAAUGACACGCAGAGCGAUGGGGGGAUCUCUGACAUUCAGGGCAGCCCUCACAGAGAGGCUCGCGUUAAUCCGGCCAACAAGGGAACAGGUACAAGCUCUGAUAACUGAGCACCCCCCAAGGCUUACUGAGGGCAUAAAGGAACUGGUUCAUAAGCUGCAUCAGAGGAACAUCCAAGUCUUCCUCAUAUCUGGCGGAUUCCACAGCAUUGUGGAGCAUGUAGCUACACAGCUAGACAUCCCUCUGACCAACAUCUAUGCAAACAGACUCAAGUUCUACUUUAAUGGGGAGUAUGCUGGAUUUGAUGAGACACAGCUCACAGCAGAAUCCGGCGGAAAAGGAAAAGUCAUUGGCUUGCUGAAGGAAAAGUAUGGUUUCCGAAAAAUUGUGAUGGUCGGAGAUGGAGCUACUGACAUGGAAGCUUGCCCCCCAGCAGACGGAUUCAUCGGCUUUGGAGGCAACGUGACAAGACAACAGGUGAAGGAGAAAGCAAAGUGGUAUAUUACAGACUUCGAGGAGCUGCUGAGAGAACUUGAUAGUGACAGUAUCAAAAUGAAUCACAAUGAUAUAUUUUACUAGUGUGCGUGUAGUAGAAAACCAAUGUAGUUUUAUAUUGCAUAGCAAAGCUUUUUAUGUAAACCUUUCCGCAGUGGAAGGUAGAAUUUAUUUUCCAUUUUUUUACAUAUUAUCUAGUGUAGUACAUAACGAAUAUAUAUAUAUAUUUAUAUAUAUAUAUAUACAGUUCUUAGAUUUAACAAAUUGUUCAUAACUUGAAAGUCCAUUGUAUUCAAUGUAUUUUUAGUGUUUCUUAGAAAUAAUACUUUUUUUUUUCUUCUUCAUACAUAAGAGUGUUUUUGUCGGUGGACCGUAGCAAUUUUUCUAUAACAAGAUAACAUUUGAGAAAGGGGUAGCCUUUUCAAAAUCUUUUGACUCAAUGUCUUUCUUAUGACACUGACCUAUCCUAUAGUAAAUGUAUUGAUAUUAUUAGUGCCUGUUCACCAUUGAAUGCAUAAGCCAUCAGCACCUUUUGAACCUGUCGACGUGGUGGAUGUUUGAACCAUAGUGUUUCUGUACUUUAAACUAGUUCAUAAAGAAUUCACUUUAUGUUUGACUAAUUAUGUGUGUAUGUCCUAAUUGUAGCACUUUGGCGGAAACAUUAUAAACUGUUUGGACCAGCAAAAA